GCACGCCGGCUGCGGGGAGCACAAAGCGGGGCGCACGGAGGGCGCCGGCAGCGAGCCGCGGAACGAGGCGAGGCCCGUGCGCCCCGGUUUGCAGCGCUUGCCGGGCAGGGACCGGGGCCCACGGUGUCCUCCCAGGCAGGGGCAUCCGUGCUACUGCAUCCCGAGACGCCUAGAGCGCCUUCCUUGAGACCCGAUCUUUCGCUGCCCCGCCCUCUGAACCCCAUUUCUUUUACCCUCCUUCCCAAUCCUGCCUGUCUCUACUCCGACCCCCAAAUACCGGAUUUAGCCCAGCCCCGCACAGCAGCUGUUGCUCCUGCGGCUGUCUCGCCUUGCGUUUUUGGUGCUCUGCCGGGGGUCCCCCAAGGAGCCAGUGCGCGCUGCGGGUUGGGAGGAGGCGCUGCUCAGCCGGUCCUCAUCCUCCCGCUGCUGCUGCUUCUGCUGCUGCUGCUGCCACCGGCUGCCCACUCUGUUCGCACCCCAACAUCCCCACCAGCCGGGCCUUAGGACACGUCUCCAGACUUGGUCGAAGUAGCUCCAACAAGGAUCUGUGAGCAUGCCUGGAAUUGAGUGACACGGUUAAGGGAUUUCAGAUUGCUUUGUGCCUCUUGGGAAGUUCAGAAAACCAUCAUUUCAGACUCUGGAAUUCUGUUCAACCGAGACUAGCUUGGAUGUUUACACUAUCUGCUUGCUGUUCUCCUUACCACUAAAUAGUGCUCAGAUCUUGAUCAGGAACUGAGUGUGUUCCGCAAGCCACCAUGGCCAGAUGGAGCGUUGGGAUAGCAGCUUGUCGAUUGGUGCUGGGCUUGCUGAUGGCUUCUUUCACUGAGUCUUCCAUACUGAAUAGUGAGUGUCCCCAGCUUUGUGUAUGUGAAAUUCGACCUUGGUUUACCCCGCAAUCCACAUACAGAGAAGCUACUACUGUUGAUUGCAAUGAUCUCCGUCUAACAAGGAUCCCUGGCAACCUUUCCAGUGACACACAAGUGCUUCUCUUACAGAGCAAUAACAUCGCCAAGACGGUGGAUGAGCUGCAACAGCUUUUCAACUUGACCGAGCUGGAUUUCUCCCAGAACAACUUCACAAACAUCAAAGAGGUGGGGCUGGCAAACUUGACCCAGCUCACAACCCUACAUCUAGAGGAAAAUCAGAUUUCAGAGAUGACAGAUUACUGUCUGCAAGACCUCAGCAACCUUCAAGAACUCUACAUCAACCACAACCAGAUCAGUACAAUCUCAGCUAAUGCUUUUUCUGGCUUAAAAAAUCUCCUUAGGCUGCACUUGAAUUCCAAUAAACUGAAAGUGAUUGAUAGCCGCUGGUUUGAUUCUACACCCAACCUGGAAAUUCUCAUGAUUGGGGAAAACCCUGUGAUUGGAAUCCUGGACAUGAACUUCAGACCUCUCUCUAACUUGAGAAGCCUAGUUUUGGCAGGGAUGUACCUCACUGAUGUUCCCGGAAAUGCUUUGGUAGGCUUGGAUAGCCUUGAGAGCCUGUCUUUCUACGACAAUAAACUGAUCAAAGUCCCACAACUUGCUCUGCAGAAAGUUCCAAAUUUGAAAUUCUUAGACCUCAAUAAAAAUCCCAUUCAUAAAAUCCAAGAAGGGGACUUUAAAAAUAUGCUUCGGUUGAAAGAACUGGGAAUCAACAACAUGGGAGAGCUGGUUUCUGUAGACCGCUAUGCCCUGGAUAAUUUGCCGGAACUGACAAAGCUAGAAGCAACCAACAACCCCAAGCUGUCCUACAUCCACCGUUUGGCUUUUCGAAGUGUCCCGGCUCUAGAAAGCUUGAUGUUGAACAACAAUGCCUUGAAUGCUGUUUACCAAAAGACAGUAGAGUCUCUUCCCAACCUACGUGAGAUCAGCAUCCACAGCAAUCCCCUGAGGUGUGACUGUGUCAUCCACUGGAUUAACUCCAACAAAACCAACAUCCGCUUCAUGGAGCCCCUCUCUAUGUUCUGCGCCAUGCCGCCUGAGUACAGAGGGCAGCAGGUGAAAGAGGUGUUAAUCCAGGACUCCAGUGAACAGUGCCUCCCGAUGAUAUCACACGACACAUUCCCAAAUCAUUUAAACAUGGACGUCGGCACAACAGUCUUCCUAGACUGUCGGGCCAUGGCUGAGCCAGAGCCAGAAAUCUACUGGGUCACUCCCAUUGGAAAUAAGGUAACCGUGGAGACGCUUUCAGAUAAAUACAAGCUGAGUAACGAGGGCACCUUGGAAAUAGCAAAUAUCCAGAUUGAAGACUCGGGAAGGUACACCUGUGUUGCCCAGAAUGUCCAAGGGGCUGACACUCGAGUGGCAGCCAUCAAGGUUAAUGGAACCCUUCUAGAUGGUGCCCAGGUGCUGAAAAUAUACGUCAAACAGACAGAAUCGCAUUCCAUUUUGGUGUCCUGGAAAGUUAAUUCCAAUGUCAUGACAUCAAACUUAAAAUGGUCAUCUGCCACUAUGAAGAUUGACAACCCCCACAUAACAUACACCGCCAGGGUUCCGGUAGAUGUCCAUGAAUAUAACCUAACACAUCUGCAGCCUUCUACGGAUUAUGAAGUGUGUCUCACGGUGUCCAACAUCCACCAGCAGACCCAAAGGUCAUGUGUCAAUGUCACAACCAAAAACGCUGCUUUCACCCUGGACAUCUCCGACCAUGAAACCAGCACAGCCCUGGCUGCAGUGAUGGGGUCUAUGUUUGCCGUCAUCAGCCUCGCGUCCAUCGCUGUGUACAUUGCCAAACGGUUUAAGAGGAAAAAUUACCACCAUUCACUAAAAAAGUAUAUGCAAAAAACCUCUUCCAUCCCACUGAAUGAGCUGUACCCCCCGCUCAUUAACCUCUGGGAAGCUGACAGCGAGAAGGAUAAAGAGGGCUCAGCAGACACCAAGCCAACCCAGGUCGACACAUCCAGAAGCUAUUAUAUGUGGUAACUCAGUGGGCAUUUUGCUUCUGGUAGUAAGGAGCACAAAGACAUUUUUGCUUUAUUCUGCAAAAAUAACAAGGUGAAGACUUUUGUACUUUUGACUUUGCUAGUUUGUGGCAGAGUGGAGAGGAUGGGUGGAUAUUUCAAAGUUUUUUAGUAUAGCGUAUCGCAAGGGUUGGACACGGCUGGUAGUGGCUCUCAGCUUCCAGUUUGUGUUUGGUUUUUAUCCUUAUCAUUAUUAUGAUUAUUAUAUUAUUAUAUUAUUAUUAUUUUAUUUUAGUUUAGUUGAUGUGCUAAACUCAAUAAUGCUGUCUUAACUACAACGCUCAAUAAAAUGAUAAAUGCCAGGUGGGGGCUCCUCAGUGCUUGACCCCUUCUUCUGAAGCCAUCAAUACAAAGAACUGUGUCCUCUCAAAAGCUAACAUAUGGUAUAGAAGCAGCAUUAAAUCCUCCGUAGCAACCUGGUCUACAGACUUUUAACUCAAGCUAAGACUAAACUUGCUACUUUGUUGAAUGAUGGUAGUUGGCUGUACUGUAAUGUUGUAUCAACUGAAUUGAAUGUUUGCCUUUCAGCAACCACUUUCCUUUUCUUCCUCUUUCUUUUGUAAUAGUUGAAGAGGCUUAGAACAAGCUAACAGGCAAUAGAAAUAUGUAUAUCAGAUUUUCUAAUGUAAUGAACAACAUGUUAAUUGUUACUAUAUUCUUUUUAUCUUUAGUAGACACUUUUAAAAAAGAAAAGAUAAUUUUGUUGUGUUUAACUCACCAACUUGGUGUAUAAUGAAGACAGAAGUACAAUAAAUUAGUUUGUUCUGAUUUUUUAGAACACUUGCGAUAAUGUAUCAUUUAUAGUUCUUGCUAGUUGCAGAGGUAAUAUCUUUCACACCAAUGGAGUCGACAACCAAAGUAUAUAUGUGCAUGCUAUCUUUUACAGUCAGGCCGUAAAAUCUUUUGAGUUCUUUUUGUAAAGAGAAAGGUAUCCAUUUUAACUAAGACAUUCUGGACCAGUAAGAUGGCCCAGUGAGUAAAGGUGCCUACUACCAAACCUGAUCAGAAUCCCAUUCCAUGUUAUGGAAGGAAAGAAUUGACUUUAAUUUGUUGUCUCACCUCUACACAUGCUCCAUGUAUGCACACACACACACAUGUACCACACUCACAUGUAUAUAAAAUAAACAAAUGCAUUAGAAAAAACAAAUUAAUGGACAUUCUAAUGAAUAGCAUUUUCAUAUUUUCAAUAUUGCUGACUAAAACCGGAUGGAGGAGGUAUUCAUAUAAAGAGAAAACAAAACCACAUACUACUCUAACACUGGCAUAAUUACACAAUGGAUGUACCAUUAUCUUUAUUUUACAGUAUGCACAUUCAUCAUCAAAGGCUAAAACACAGAGCUAAGGAAUGUUCAAAACUUUUAUAGUACUGCUUUCAACAGCUAUCUAUAUGUUUAUAGGGUGUAUACUGCCAUGGAGAUGUCUGCUGAAACAGACAAUUGACGGAAGGAAGGCAGAGUGAUUUCUUAAGGUUGGCCAUUGUCAUCAAAAUAUUACACACAGUUUAUCUCAAUUAACAAUUUCAAGAUUACACAGGAAUUACAUAUGUGAAGUUCAAAAUGGGAGGAGUUAGUUUUGCAGAGUUCUGUGACCAUUUAGAGGGAGCAGACUGAAAAGUACAGGCAGACAACAGAAGACCUACCUGAAAACCCUCAUUGAUAAUGCAGAGGGAAGGAAGGAAGGAAGGAAGGAAGGAAGGAAGGAAGGAAGGAAGGAAGGCUAGCUUUUCCAGAUGACAGUUGCCACUAUGGAAUGAUGGGAUGUUAGAAAAGGACUAAGAGGAAGCAGGUGCCAGGUUAGAAGAAAAAAAAGGAUAAAGGAACAAAUAGAAAUUCCAGAUGAGAUGGGAAAUGAGAGGACGUUCAUAGUCAAAUGUUUUGUUUUGUGAAUCACCCAUCAGAAAACCAUCCUUUUCAUCCCCAGCCCAAAGAGGAGUGGGGAGAGAAUUCUAGAUUCUGCAGGCAAACUGCAACCAAAAUAGGGCCAGUAUCAUAAUGAAAAAUCAUUUUUCCAAGGCUUCAUUUGCUGAUGAGAAAAGCAAAGGGCACAGGAAAGGUGAGUCCUUUCAGGCAGCCUCCUCCAUCAUCUGUCAGUUCUCUAGGUCCAGUGGUGAUCUUACAGCUCUUACCUUGUAUAUUCUUGCUUCAAACUUGCAGGACAUCCUCAAAUUCCCAUUUAUCUGGAAUAAGAUUUAGAACAAAUGCAAACGAGAGGACUAGCAAAGCAUCUUGCAUUGUUUUACUACCAAGUACACGUGGGACAGAAGUGAAGGUGCUCUGUCUGCAACCAUGGACAUUCUUGUCUUCAGACAUCUGCUGAGAAACAGAUCAUGUACCUAUACAUUUUGAAGUCACAAGGCAUGUCAUCAACAAAACAGAAGGCCUAGGGCUGUCCGCUUUUGCAAGAAGACUUCAUUUACCCAUAAAGCCAUGCUUAGAGCUGGCACAGAACAUGGAUUUGAAAAGACAGCUCAACCAUUCUUCCAUUCUGAAUACAGAACAGGCACAAGGGAAUCCAAAUGUUUAUUCGAAGGAUAUCAUUUCCCAGACCAGUUUUGGGCAAUUACUUCUUGUAAGUGAACUUGAAAAUUUACUAAAACUUAUUUUAUCCUGACCAUGUUAUUGGGUUGCUUUUUUUCAUGAUGGAAAGCAAGAUGACAGAAGUUCUCUUUUUUGAGUCAAGGAUUUACUCAUCUCUGCCUUGUUUGAGAAGUUAGGGAGCCAGUUAAAUGGAACAUCCAGCUAGAUCCUCACAGACAAAGGAGGUCCUCUCCAUUUUACUUGUGAGAUGGCUGCUGUAGGUCAUAUUCUUGUCUCACAUUUUCCCUUUUGCUUCUUGUUGUCCUCUGACCUGAUUCUAUGGGGCUAUUUUUGGAGCAGUGUCUUAAAAUGGGCAUUCCUUAAUUUGCUCAUUUAAUUAAUAACAAAGAAAACUGGAGCUAUGAAUAAAAAAAGAGACAUUGUGUUUGAUAUCACUGUUUCUACUUUGUCUUUGCAAAGCACAAAGGAAUCGUUGACCAGUCCUUGGCAAAUAGGACCCAAGUCCACUUUUUUCAGUUGCUUUCUGAAGACAUCACCAUUGUGGCGUUUGCUUUCUGUCUUAGCAUUUAUUUUCCCAAGAA